GAUAAUUGGUAGACACAUUUCCCUUUUUAAAAUAGAAUACCAGUACAAGCUGUACAGGUUCAACAUUUUAAACAUCGUAUUACUACUCCGAAUGGAGAUUUAUUAUAAAUGCAUUCGUAUAGAAGAGUCUCGUCAAUAGUUUUUCGCCAUAUUAAGGAAUGAGGAACCAACGGGAACUCUAAAAGACAAAGGUACAGACAAUCAAGUAAAAAAAAUAAAGGCCAAAAUAGAAGAUAAUCAAGUUGUUUUGCAUAUCAAACAAUAUCAAAUAAUGGGCAACCAAAGAAAAAAACAUAAGAAUGAUAGGUCCAUGAUAUUGAUGACGAAAUCACCUUUAAGAAAAGUUUUUUUUGCUCAAAUCCCUUACACUGUUGACCAGACAGGUUUUCUGCAACACGAAUUACUGAAACAGUGGAAAAUACCCCAACCUGAGGCAAUAAUAGCAAUCACAGGGGUAGGGCAUCAAUUCAAUAUUAAAGAUAAGCUCCAUUUGAAAAGAGAUUUGAUCGACGCAGUCAUAAAUACCGAAUCUUGGAUUGUAACAUGUGGUAUAGAAGAAGGAGCGGUACGUUUUAUUCAGGACGCUGUUGAUGAGCAUAUAGUUCUAGAAGAGUACCACAUUCCAAUAGUUGGAAUAUUGUCACAGAGAGUAUUAGAUGAAAUGUCAAAAACAAAUAUGUACGUUAAGAAAAUCAAUACAACAAGUGGAAGAUUGGUUAGAAAAACAUUGAUGUCAACAAAGGAGACACUUGAUCCAAAUCAUACACAGUUUGUUUUCAUCGAAGAUGAAGAAGAACCUACCAUAAGCAAGACUUCAACUGAAUGUAGAAACGCUUUCAAAAAUUUCCUAUCGAAAAUCAGCACUAAAAAUUUAGAUCCUCAGACACAAACUGCCGAUAUUUUGCCGGUUGUAGUGGUACUAAUCGAAGGAGGAAUUGAAGCAUUGAAAACAGCAAAGAAGAUGCUUGAACAAAAAAUUCCUAUUGUUGUGAUUGAUGGUUCAGGCGGAGCUGCAAAUUUCCUUGCUGCUUGUUAUCGAUGUUGCCCAAGAGAUGAUGAACCUGAAAACUCAACAGAAUUAUUCAAGAAAUGUUUUGGGGACAGUUUAUUUACGGAUGACGCAUUAAACCUGUCCAAAUCCUGUCUGAAGAAUAAGAAACUGAUUUACAUGUAUUCACUCAAUGAUACUACGGCCAAAGUUGAUAUGUCCAUUCAGAAUGCUUUGUUUGACAUAUAUAAAGGAAUUUUUGAAAAUCAAGAUAAAGAUAAUGGAUCGGUAAAGACAACAAUCAGCGCAAUUCAGACACAAUUGAAACUUGUUGAGAGAUGGAAUAGAUGUGACCUAGCUGAAACACACAUAUUUAUAGAUAAAAAUCGAUCAGAGCUUUCAAAACUACAGGAAAACACUCGAGAUAGCGUUUUGGGACUGUUCCGGUCUUCGCUUUUUAAAAACAGAGCAAACUUUGUCAGUUUGAUAAUGAACAGAAUUAACGACAUGAUAGACUUUGUAGAGUUGUAUCUCCCGGGAAUAUACUUGGAAUGCUGUGAGAAUACCAAAGAAUAUCUAGCCAUUCAACUUUUUAAAGAGCAAUGGGAGAAUGAAGGAAAAACCAACAUAUAUCUAGAUUCCGGCCAAAUAAUGAAAAGUGUUACAGAUUUUAUCAGAAAUUUGUUAGGAGAUACAAAUUUCGAAAUGUACACCUUGAAAAGAGAAAAAGAAACAGGAAAAGAAAAGAUUGAAUUUCAUUACAGAAAGAGGCCAUUCUAUCAUCUUUUUGUUUGGGCAAUUUUUAUGAAUAGGAAAGAUUUAGCAAAUAUCUUCUUGGCAAAAGACACCGACUAUACAGCUUCUGCUUUGUUUGGAAGUGCAAUUUUGAAGGAAUUGGCUGAUCGGGCAUUUUUUCUUAAUCAUUUUGAGCUUUGUGACUUAUUAAAAGAAAAUGCUGGAUACUUUGAAACUCUAGCUUGCAAUUUGAUGAAAGAAUUGUACAGAAAUGAACGAGACAGAGCACUUAAAAUAGUGGUCAACAUAGUGCCUCGUUAUAACUGUACACCUAUAGCGAUUGCUUCUUCACAAAACAUGAUGAACUUCAUGGCAACUUCAGCCUGUCAAGCAAAGCUCAAUCGUAUCUGGAGGGGAGAUAUUGCACUACACACACCAGAAUGGAGGAUUUGGAUGACAGUUUUACUACCUGUGUUGAUUACACCAAAGUUUGGAUUCAUUAGUUUUGAAAAGAAAGGAAAAAACUCCCGCAGUGUAGAGCCUUCUAAGAGCGAUGAUUUAAAAACUGUCGAGCCUACAUUUCUACCAAAAAGUUCUCCAAACGGAAAUAAAGGAAAUGGUGGGAUCUUUUCCUGUUUUUCCUGGUUUUACAGCGCACCAGAAGUCAAGUUUAUCUUGUAUAUGAUUACUUACUUUACAUUUGUGGUGAUCUUUUCGAUUUUUGUGCUGACUGACUUGCACCCUUUGUCAGAAAGUUUACCUUCUGUGUUUGAAUAUAUGACUUGGAUGUGGACUUUGUCACUGGCAAUUGAGGAAAUUAGACAGAUUUUACAGACAAACAAGGGAUCUUUUACAAGAAAUAUUAUGUUUUGGGCUAAAAAUGUGUGGAAUAUAUUCGACGCGCUAAUGUAUCUCCUAUUUUUGGUGUCAGUUAUGCUGAGAUGUGUACUAAAAUCAGAUGACUUUUACUAUGCACGAAUGACUUAUGCUAUCACAUUGGCAAUGUUUAUCUUUCGAACCAUGCAGUUUUUCUUUGUUACAAGGUAUCUUGGGCCUAAAGUUGUUAUGAUAGGCAAAAUGAUUGGAGAUCUUGCAUUUUUCUUUGCAUUGUUUGCAUUGUUCGUAUUUAGUUUUGGAAUAAUGUAUCAAGCCAUUUUGUUUCCGAAUUCGAUGUUACCGCCUUGGGAACUUUUUAAAGAACUCAUAUAUUUACCAUACUGGCAGUUGUACGGCGAGCUAAAUUUAGAUCAGAUUGAAGGGAAAGAGCCGUCUGAAUGUACAAAUAACCCUGUAUUGUACUCAAAUGGAACCAUGCUUCGUUGUCCACAAACUAACCAGUUCAAUUCACCUAUUCUAGCUGCAUAUCUGAUUCUGACAAACAUUGUAUUACUAAAUCUUCUUAUUGCUAUGUUUUCGAACACAUUCGAAAGAGUACAGGAAAACUCAGAAAUCAUUUGGAAGUUCCAUCGAUAUGCACUGGUGUAUGAAUACUAUGACAGACCAAUGUUUCCAAUACCUAUCGCAAUACACUUCAAUCGACUCAUUGUUUGGUCUUUUAACACCAUACGAAAAAAAUCGUAUGACAGCCCAUUUGCACCAGCACAAGACGAAGAAAAGCAUAAACUGCACAUUGUUGAAAAUAAAGCGUUAGCACAUGUUGAUAAUAUAAAUGACACAAGUUACAUGAUGGCAGAUAGAAGGGACGAAAACGCAGAAACUGACUUAACCCUUAUCCAUCUUGACAUAGAGGCUUUACAAAAGAAAAUAAAACGAUUGCCAAAAUAUUUGAUCAGGUACAUAAACGCAGAAACCGAUUCAACCCGUAUCAAGCGUGACAUAGAGGCUUUAAAACAGAAAAUAUAGCGAAUACCAAAAUCCUUGAUGAGGGAGAUACAUCAUUAAUUUGGUUGACCAAAACCACAUUUUCCAGAGCAUUUACAUAUAAUUGGAAAUGAUUGAAUACAAUUGGAAUAACAUAAAAUAGUAGCAGCUUGAACUUUGAAUGGUUGUCAACAAUCACUAUUGUGAACCAAUGAGACAUUUCAGGUCAUACAAACCUGUUUGAUAUAUAAUCUGAAAUUCAAACAAAAUUCAAACAAUAGUGUAUAAUGUUUAACAAAUUGUAUUUACAAUGGUGUGUGUGUGUGUUGUUGUUGUUUUUUGUUUUUUGUUUAUUUUGUAUGGUUGAAUUUUAUAAGCUAUCAAAUGUAUUGUAGGACUUAAAUACAAACUUGCGUAUGUCCUUUGUGUAUAUGCCAUUUUCCUUUUCCUUGUUGGCAUAUUUGUUUGCUUGAUGUAUUGAUUAAGAUUAUAACACAAUGUUGACAGCUGUACCCCUAUUUUAACAUUUGUAUCUAUUAUCAUGAUUAUGUUAAUAUAAAACUAAUGAGAUGUGGUAUGAUUGCCAAUUAGACAACUAUCCACCAAAGUCGAAAUGAAGUGGAUGCAUGCAACCGUACGGCCUUCAACAAUGAGAAAAAUCCAUACAGUAUGGUCGGCUAUUUAAGGCCCCGACAUAAAACAAAAUAUGAAACAAUUCAAUUCAGAAAACUAACGGCCUAAUUUAUAACAAACCAGUUUACGAAAAAAAUAUGACAAACAUGAACCAACGACAACCACUGAACAACAGACUCCUGACCUGAAGAAUGUGGUCUUGUUUUACACGUGUUAGUGCUCAACCCGCCGGUAACGUCAUGACACCUUAGAUUGGUAUUUCAUUUUAACCAUAUGUCAUUUUUUGGUACUGUGGAUUUGUAAUGUUACAAUGUAUUAUAUAAAAAUGUAGCCUUAAUAUAUAGUAUAUAAAAAUAAAGCUAGA